UUUAGAUUUUGUACGGCCACAUCUCCUACAUCAUAAGACGCAAAUCAUUCUCCUCUCUGUUUCCAUCUCAGCAUGGCAAGCGGCUUCUUCUCUUACACUUCAUCAGAUCUCAGAGCAACCCAAACUACUAGCCAUUCGUUAAAAGAUUAUCGGGAGAAAGAGCACGUGAUUGGAGUAGAACCCCUGGAAAAUUUCCAUUCUUUUUCGUGGGAAUCUGGAAAUGUUUUCCAGGAAAACAUACCCAACAAACCUCAGUUUCUUGAUCUAGCCGAGCAUGAUCAAUCAAGUCAACAUCAGACCAGAUCAAACCCUUUUAAACCUGGUGAAUUUCAGCAGUUGGAGACUGAUGAACACCGAGCAGAAUCUGUUAACAAAAUGACCCAUCCUUCUGGUUUGUCAUCUCUGGAACUUCUCAACAGCUACGGAAACGGGUUGAGGAGAUUGAAAUCCAACCAGUUCCAAAUCGUCUCGGCAAAGCAGAGGAGUACCCAAAAGCAGUCGACUGAAGAAAUCAUCAGAGCAGCAUCAGCGCGAUACGUCCAAUUUUCUGAUCUGAGAUACGAUGAUUUUUCAAUUAUGAUGCACCCUUUUGGCUAUGCUCUCUCGGGUUUUUCUAAGGAAGAAAUGAAAGACGUGGAGCUCGUCCAUCUUCUUCUCGCCGCAGCUGAGAAAGCGGGUUAUCAGCAAUUCGAACGCGCCAGCAAGCUACUUUCGUACUGUGAAUUAACGGCGUCACCUAACGGCAACGCUGUCGAGCUAAUCGUUUUCUGUUUCGCCGAAGCUCUGCGAGAACGAAUCGAGAAAGAAACGGGGAGAGUCACAGCAAAGAAAUUGGAUCGAGCAAAAGGGAAAAACAAAUCUGAUCAUGGAUUAAACUUGAACACUAGCAGCACAUUUGCAAGAUUGUACCAGAGACUCCCAUUUCUUCAGGCAACCCAUUUCGCCGGAGUACAAACUCUGUUGGACAACGUAGGCUCGCCGGGAAAACUCCAUUUGAUUGAUCUUCAGAUCAGGACUGGAGUCCAAUGGACAGUUUUGAUGCAAGCUCUUGUAGAACAAGAAAAGUAUCCCAUCGAGCUUCUUAAGAUAACUGCUGUUGCAGUAGAAUCAAGCAGAGAGAAAAUCGAAGAGACGGGACUGAGGCUCAAAACCACCGCUAAAUCAAUGAACUUACCGUUCUCAUUCCACGCAGUUUACGUGCCAGAUAUGACGGAGAUAAAAGAAUCCCUUUUCAAAAUCGAAGACGACGAAGCCAUCGCCGUAUACUGUCCAUUGAUACUCCGCACGAUGGAGACCCGGUUGCUUGGAGAAUCUGAUGAGGGUGAUAAGAAAUCUCAACCCAUCAAUCAUGGUGGUCAUCGAAGUGGAAGCGAAUCACAACUCGCCCGUGUUCGUUAGCCGAUUCGUCGAAUGUCUUUUCUUCUACAGCACCUUCUUUGAUUGUCUUGAAACCUGCAUGGCGGAUGAGUUGGAAUUGAGAGGGGUGACAGAGUUGAUAUUCAAGAAUGGAAUCGAACAGAUUGUGGCAAUGGAAGGCAGCGAAAGGGUGGCUAGAAGUGUGAAAAUAGAUGUGUGGAGAGCGUUUUUUGCAAGGUAUAGAAUGAUGGAGAUGGGACUCAGCGAGUCGUCUUUGUAUCAAGUUGAGUUAAUAAUCAAACAGUUUGCCUGUGCUGGUUAUUGUA